AGGUUAUAAAAGCACCUACGCUGUGGCUUGUUAGCCACCUUCCACGCACUUCCUAUCAGGCGUAUCCCCCCUCGACCGUCCUCUGCGGCAUCUGAAGCAGUGGGUCAAACAACGACGCUAACACUGGAGCUGUAAAAACAACAACGGGGGCUCCCGUUUAAAGCGCCGCAUCAAGCUGACCAGCCAGCGCAGUGUGAUCACUUGCGACUCUCUCUGAAACGAUUUUCUGUUUCGGAGAAGUGCAAAUUGAUACCCCAAAAACCACUGCCGCCGCCGCCACACAUCCACCAAAAAAAUCACCCCAAAUCGAAGCAAAAUGGUGCAAAAUAAGAUCACCGAAGUCACUGGAUUCCACCGCUCUUUCAAGGGCCAAAAUCCCUUUGACUCUGAGGACUUCACUAAAAAUGGAUCCCAUCUUAUUGAUUCGUCGUUUAAUUUUGAUUCCUCCCCAAGACAUGAAAUGCCUUCCAGCCAGCCUAUUGAUAUCCCCGAUGCCAAGAAGAGAAACAAGAAGAAAAAGCGUUGCCGGGCAACUGACAGUUUCUCUGGCCGAUUUGAGGAUGUCUACAGACUGCAGGAAGAGGUACUAGGAGAGGGAGCUUAUGCCAGAGUGCAAACAUGCAUCAACCUCAUCACCAACAAAGAGUAUGCUGUCAAGAUCAUUGAGAAAAGACCAGGUCACAGCCGCAGCCGUGUCUUCCGUGAGGUUGAGAUGCUCUAUCAGUGCCAGGGCCACAGCAACAUCCUGGAGCUGGUGGAGUUCUUUGAAGAGGAAGACAAAUUCUACCUGGUGUUUGAGAAGCUUAGAGGAGGGUCAAUCUUGGCACACAUUCACAAGAGACGGCACUUCAGUGAACAGGAAGCCAGUGUUGUCGUGCAGGACAUCGCCAGCGCUCUAGAUUUCCUGCAUAACAAGGGAAUGGCACAUAGAGACCUGAAACCUGAAAACAUUCUCUGUAAGAGUGCAGACAAGAUUUCCCCAGUGAAGAUCUGUGACUUUGACUUGGGCAGUGGGAUCAAGUUGAACAGUGACAGCUCCCCCAUCUCCACCCCUGAGCUCCUCACUCCUUGUGGCUCAGCAGAGUACAUGGCACCUGAGGUGGUUGAGGCCUUCAGUGAGGAGGCCACAAUUUAUGACAAACGCUGUGACCUGUGGAGCCUUGGAGUCAUCCUUUACAUCAUGCUGAGCGGCUACCCACCCUUUGUAGGCCGCUGUGGCGGUGACUGUGGCUGGAAUUUAGGGGAACCUUGCCACACCUGCCAGAACACUUUGUUUGAGAGUAUCCAGGAAGGAAAAUACGAGUUUCCAGAGAAAGACUGGGCUCACAUCUCCUCAAGUGCCAAAGAUCUAAUAUCCAAACUUCUAGUUCGGGAUGCCAAAAACCGCCUGAGUGCCAGCCAGGUGCUGCAGCAUCCCUGGGUGCAGGGGGGUGCAUCUGACACUUUGCCAACAUCCAUCUUGCAUCAAAGAACCAGCAAUGCCAGGGAUCUGACAUUCUUUGCUGACAAGGCCAUGGCUGUGAACCGGCAGCUGGCUGAACAGGAUGGCAUGGAAGACCAGCAACAGCAGGAAGUCCCGUUUGUUGUUACCGCUACUGGCUCUUCCAUGCACCUCUCUCCUCCUUCCAACUCCAAGCUGGCCAAGCGCAGGCAGCGAAGCAGCCAGCCCAAGGGAGGGCCUGUCUCUGCUGCAGAGCUUCGUCAGCUCUUGGCCCCUCUUGUUAUUGUGGGAGACUGUGCCUGAACUUUGUCAACCCUGACCUCCGACCUUCCGUUAAGAUUCAAGUCCAGAUCUAAGACUGCCCUGAGUCUCUCCCUCUCUAAUUCUGGCCCCUCUCCCUGACUCUAGCUGGCCUUGGUUCCUCUGCCAUUCAGGCUUUCUUGCCUCGCUGUAAAGGGAGAUGCUGCUUGCAGCCCUUUCUCUAAAUGCCUUCUGCCCUUCUGCAGCACUUCUGAAGCACAUCAGCCCAGGGCCUGCAUAUAGCAAACACACACACAUGUGCACGUCAGGGUUUGGAAGGAGGGCCAGUUAUUGAUUUGAGGGAGAGAGAAGUAUUUUCUAAGUUAUGUUCAUUAUUAUUAUUAUUUUUUAAUUUUUUUUUUCCAUAAAACUCAGUUCAGAAGAAAUCAGAAUACCUAUCUUCGAAACUAAGUUCAGACACCAAAGGACAACCUGUUAGUGCUGCUCCCACGUUACAACUGGAUCCACUGUGAAUUAAGUUAUCUGGAAUGUUCUCUUCGCCUGUAUGUAUAUGCAUGAAUGGCCCAUCUGCAGAUACGUACAAGCUUAUGCAAUAUGCCAAGAUGAAGGCUGUUCCUGUCUUGAAGGGAUUCAGUAUAAGGGGUUGGAAGGGCUGUAAGCCAAUGCUGUCCGUGCCUAGUGCGGUCCAUUAUGUGGCUGGGGACUUCAAAGAGUUUUUUUUUUUUUUUUUUGGUCUGUAUUUAAGAAAUUCCUCAACGCUGAGCCUCUUCUGUAAACGUCUGAGAUAAAACACGCAUUCAUCUAGCUUGGUGGCCAUGCACUUAAUGCUCUUAGAGCAAAGAAUGUUUCUGUAGCCAGCCAUGACUCACUGUUGCACCGAUUCAUACCGUUAUUACAUGAACAUGUAUGCCAAAUUAUCAGUGGCCACGCCUUUUCAGUGUUUGUGAGACCAUCAGACAAGUCUAAUAGUAUUGAAUAAAACUAUUGUACUUGGGUUGUGUUGCAGGGCCGCCCCAAAAUUAUACUUCUAAAGUACAUCUGGUAUGUUGGUACAAGCUAAUUAUGUUAAAUGGCUAGGCAAGUUAAACUGGGUCAGUGUUACUUUCAUUGUAAAGAAUUCAUGAUGUGUCCCCUUGCCACACCCAGAAUUUUUUUUAUUUUUUUUCCCCACAGAUCAAUUUAUGAAUUUGAUUUAACCUUUAAUAUUUUGGCAGUAAAGGUUAAAACCCCUAUCAGGGGUUUGAAAAGCACAUUUUGGCCAUUGUGACCUGGGUGUCAUUUGUUGAGACAUUUAUUUGGACCAUUUCUUUUCUUUCUUUUCAAGGGUUCACUUUGUUGUUUGUUUUUGAGACACCACAAAUUCUUAUUACAAGAGGCAGAUGAAUUUUUUCAAAAAAAAAUUAAAAAAGGAAACAUUCCACAAAAAGAAACAAAGUCUUCCACGAAUGUGUAGCUGUAUUAAGUUUACUUUAUUUUUCAUGUUAGAGAACUCCAUGUCAAUGUGCCACACUUUUUUUUUUUUUUUUUUCCUAUUUUUGUGGCUGUUAAUAAGCUUUGUUUCCUAUGUUGAUUUUUAUGCAGGUGCUGUUCAGGUGAAACACCAGAUGUUUUCCUUUAGUUUUUUAUGUUUUGUGUUUUUAAAAGUUCAGAGUAUGUGGUGUGAGAUGGAAAGAGUUUGUUUAGUUGAUCUGGAGCGUUUAUGCCCAGUGAAGGCAAGUUUUUAAGUUUUUUUUUUUUUUGUGUAAGAGUUGGCAAUAAUUUUGUUUUUUGUUUUGUUCCAAUUAAGCUCAUUCUGAAUCCGACAGGUAAUGGACAGGUGAUGAGGUCUCACAGCACUGUAGCCAUUUCACCAAAGAGGGUUCAAGUCAUGACUUUGAACAUGUGAUCCAUCACCUAGCAGUGAGAAGUGGGGACUUCUGAUUGUCCAUGUCCUGUUACCAGCACUGCAGCAACGGUACUCUGGAAAUGGCUCCCUUGGUGUCAAAGGACCCAUUAUGCUGAUAAUAGGACACUGUAAUAGUUCUAAAAUACCUUUCUACAGAUGCAUAGUAAUGGGGUUUUAUGUCUUAUAAUAAGACUUACUUGAAUUUGUGUAUGCAGCUGUUUCUUCUCCAUUUGGGAAACUACUUUGCUAUCAGUAAUCUCAAAGCAUUAAACUGAUGAUCAAGUCAAUCUUGGGGUUUUGAAAAUACCAACAAUUCAGUAUUCUGCCUUUUUCUCCCCUUUUUGAGCAUCAGAUGAUUUAGUCCCUACUUUUUUGAUAGGGUUGGAUACUCAAACGCACAGACUUUGGCCGUACUCUGUAUUAACCUGAAUGGUAUAGUAAGAGUUUUCUUGGUCAUGACCAUUUCUACUUUUGUCAAAUGGCAGUAGCUUUUUGGACUGCCUUUUAUUGGGGGAGGGGGGACAAAAUGAUAUCCUUAAACCUCACAAUUUUUAUAAUUGUAAGUCAUUUUGAAGGAAGUGUUAAAAUUAAGUAAUUCAUUCAAAUGGACAGUCCAUCAUCAACCUCCCCACAAACUGAAUGUAGCCCACAGCCAAAAGCAUUUACAAUCAGCAACAUUGAUCAAAUGUUUUGUUCAUUUCAUGGACAUGGUGUGUGUGGGGUUAUUCUGUCCACGUUGAAACAGUCCUCAAUCUUUUACUUUUGAGUUGACACCAGAUUUUAACACUGUCUAAAUUAUCCCAAACCCACUGUGUUCAUGGGAAGAAAUCUGACAAAUACAUCCUUUACAUAUAAAAAUAUUGAUUUAAAAUAAGCACUUUACUGUACCAUGUGAAUGAUUGCAGUUCACUCAAUGCAACAUUUAUGAAAGUUGCUACAGAAUUUUGUAUUGUUUUUCUAGAAAAAAAACGCAAUAAAAUGCUUUGAACUACA